UGUUUUCGACAAGACUCUCGCGGCGCGGCUGUCAGCUCCAUUUUGUGCUGGGAGUUGGUCGCCGUCGGCUGCGCGCUUCCCGCCGUCGCCCUGCGAGCCUUGUCCCCGGCGUUGGCGUCUCUGCGGAACGAUGAGACAUUCACAGAGAACUUACUAUCACGACUGGGAUGAAAGAGAUUGGGAUUAUGGAACAUGGAGAUGCAGCAGUGGUCAUAAAAGAAAGAGGAGAUCGAAUAGCAGUGCCUGGGAGCAUAAGCGCUGCAAAUAUAAUCACUCCAAAACAACGGAUAGCUAUUAUCUGGAAAGCAGACCCAUAAAUGAGAAAGGUUAUCAUAGUCGACGCUAUGUUGAUGAAUAUAGGAAUGACUACAUGGGAUGUGAGCCAGGAUAUCACUAUGGAGGCCAUGAUGGCAGAUAUCAAAAUCACAGUAGCAAGUCCUCUGGUAGAAGUGGAAGAAGCAGUUACAAAAGUAAACACAGGAGUCGCCAUGACAGUGGCACUUCACGUCUUCGCUCACAUGGGAAGAGUCACCGAAGGAAAAGAACCAGGAGUGUAGAGGAUGAUGAGGAGGGUCACCUGAUCUGUCAGAGUGGAGACGUACUAAGUGCAAGAUAUGAAAUUGUUGAUACUUUAGGUGAAGGUGCUUUUGGGAAAGUAGUGGAGUGCAUCGAUCAUAAAUUGGGAGGUAAACGUGUAGCAGUAAAAAUAGUUAAAAAUGUGGAUAGAUAUUGUGAAGCUGCUCGAUCAGAAAUACAAGUUUUGGAACACUUAAAUACCACAGAUCCCCACAGUACUUUCCGCUGUGUCCAGAUGUUGGAGUGGUUUGAGCAUCGUGGUCACAUCUGCAUUGUGUUUGAGCUUCUGGGACUUAGUACUUAUGACUUCAUUAAGGAAAAUGGUUUUCUGCCAUUUCGAAUGGAUCAUAUCAGGAAGAUGGCAUAUCAAAUAUGCAAAUCUGUAAAUUUUUUGCACAGUAAUAAAUUGACUCAUACAGACUUAAAGCCUGAAAACAUCUUAUUUGUGAAGUCUGACUACACAGAGGCUUAUAAUCCCAAAAUGAAACGUGAUGAACGUACCUUAAUGAAUCCAGAUAUUAAGGUUGUAGACUUUGGAAGUGCAACAUACGAUGAUGAACAUCAUAGUACAUUGGUAUCUACAAGACAUUAUAGAGCACCUGAAGUUAUUUUAGCCCUAGGGUGGUCACAACCAUGUGAUGUCUGGAGUAUAGGUUGUAUUCUUAUUGAGUAUUACCUUGGAUUUACAGUUUUUCCGACUCAUGAUAGCAGGGAACAUUUAGCAAUGAUGGAAAGGAUUCUUGGACCACUGCCAAAGCACAUGGUACAGAAAACCAGGAAGCGUAAAUAUUUCCAUCAUGAUCGAGUGGAUUGGGAUGAACACAGCUCUGCUGGCAGAUACGUUAAGCGGCGCUGUAAGCCUCUGAAGGAGUUCAUGCUUUCUCAGGAUGCCGAACAUGAGCUUCUCUUUGACCUCAUUGGGAAGAUGUUGGAGUAUGAUCCAGCCAAAAGAAUCACUCUCAGGGAAGCUUUAAAGCAUCCUUUCUUUCACCCACUUAAACAUACAUGAUUUAUAAAUACAUAGUGCUCUGAAAGAGAUCUUGGACUGUAUCAGUCUAGUUUUUAAGUAUUAAGUUAUUUUGUAUAGCUUUGUACAUUUCUUAUGUUUUGUAUUGUUUGUGUAGAUGAUUUAUUAAAUACAUAGCCAAGCCAAAUAACAAGCAUCUUUCAGUGAUUACAGAAUGACAUACUUGGAAUAAACUGCUUAUGAAUAUA